GGCCGCCACGUGUCGUUCAAAAACGCCCUGAUAGUCCUGACGUCCAAUGUGGGCUCUCAGGCCAUUGCAAGGGGGGGCACCCACCGAAUCGGCUUCCUCACUCCAGGAGAAUAUGCAUCUGCUGAUGGGAAUAGGGGGAGAGAUGGGGGCAGAGAGGGACGGGCGGAUGCGGGGCGGUAUGCGGCGAUGAAGGAGGUGGUGAUGGAGGAGUUGAAGGCGCAUUUUCGACCGGAGCUCAUGAAUCGGAUUGAUGAGGUGGUGGUGUUCCGAGCACUGGAGAGGGAACAGAUCCGAGUGAUUGCUAACAUGAUGGUCAAGGAGUCGGCUGAUAGACUUGCACAGAAGGGAAUCAACCUGGAAAUUUCUGAAGUACUCAUGGAGCGGAUUUGUGAGGAGGGGUACGACAGGGCGUAUGGGGCGCGUCCACUGCGAUGUGCCGUCACGCGAUUGGUCGACGAUCCAAUCAGCGAGGCUGUGCUGGCAGCGGGGGAAAGCAGCAGCAACACCAGGCACCGCCACCGCCGCGUCAGCAGCAGUGACCUGUCGGAAUCUCUACCAUCCGUUCCUUCGGUGCUGCUCCCUGCGAUCGCAGCUGACGCCAAAGAAGAUGACACCAGCGCACCCCUGGGUGACGUCAGCGGGGUCAGGGAGGGCGCGUUCACAGCUGGCGACACAGCACUGGUGGAUGUCGGGGAGGAUGGGGAGCCGGUGGUGAUCCGCCUGCCUCGCCCUGACGUGUGUGAGAUGGGUCUGUGCCUUCCGUUUCUCAAGCUCCCUGCUGCCGCUGCUCCCACUCUCUCCCUCCCUGACUAA